GCCUAGCUCAGGUACCUCUAGCAGUGGCCUGCUUUCUGUGCCACGACUCCAUCAUAUCGCAUCUCGAUAUCGACCUCCAACAAUCAUCCAUCCAUACCCAAAACUCCCUCACCGCACCGUCACUCGCAGCAAUGGCUGGUGAAAAGAGAGGCGACCUCGGCAGCGUCCUCAUCAUUGGAGGCAACGGCUUCCUGGGCCACCACAUCGUCAACCAGGCGCUGGAUUCAUGGAACUGCAAAUCCGUGGCCUCCAUCGACCUGCGAUGCACCCGCAACAUCAACGACAAGGCCUCAUACCACGAGUGCGACAUCACUGAUGCCGCCAAGCUGACUGAGAUCCUGAAGCAGGUCAAGCCUGACGUCGUCAUCCACACGGCUUCCCCCGUGGCCAGCGGCGACAACAAGACGGCCCACGAUCUCUUCCGCAAGGUCAACAUUGGCGGCACCAAGGCUGUCAUUGAGGCUUGCCAGAACACCGGCGUCAAAGCCCUCGUGUAUACCAGCUCGGCCAGUGUCAUUAGCGACAACGAGAACGACCUAUUCAACGCAGACGAGGGUUACCCCGUGAUUCGAGGCGCCCAGCAGAAGGAGUACUACUCCGAGACAAAGGCCGCUGCCGAAGAACUGGUCAUCAAGGCCAACCGUCAAGAGCCCUCCAGACUCCUCACCACGUCCAUCCGUCCCGCUGGCAUCUUCGGCGAGGGUGACGUCCAGACCCUCGCCGGCUUCAUCCGUGCCUACGACAACAAGAAGUCACACAUCCAGCUCGGCGACAACACCAACAUCUUCGACUUUACCUACGUUGGCAACGUUGCCCACGCUCACCUUCUUGCCGCCCGCCUGCUGCUCGCUACCGCCGCCUCGCUUACCAUUCCCCUGAGCCACGAGCGCGUCGACGGCGAAAUCUUCUUUGUCACAAAUGACUCGCCCGUCUACUUCUGGGACUUUGCGCGCGCCGUCUGGAAGGCCGCCGGUAACGACAAGGGCACAGAGGGCGUCUGGGAGAUCUCCAGGGGUAUGAGCAUCCUCCUCGGCUCGGCUAGCGAAAUCUUCUUUGGAAUCAUUGGCAAGCCGCCUACGUUUACCAGACUCAGGGCCAUGGUAUCGACCAUGACGCGCUACUACAAUAUCAACAAGGCCAAGCAAGUUCUGCGGUACGAGCCUCUGUGGACACUGCAGGAAGGCAUUGACCGCGGUGUGGGCUGGUUUAUGGAGGAGAAGAAGAAGGAUGAAACCAAGAAGACGCAGUGAUUGGUGAAAAGGUUGAGAGAGGGUAGCGAUUAAGCGAUGAAAAAAGAGGUGGGAAAUCCUAUAUACCCAUCGGUUCUACGAAUCAUUGAUGAGUGACAUGAUUUGGAUGCAGAUAUAGCAGUAAUUUAGUCAUGUGUGUUUAUAUACACGCCUGCAAAUAUU